AGGCUCCAGUGCGGCAGCUGAUUGGUUGCCGAAGGCUUGGUCCCAUCCCAGUGACCCCAAAGUGCUGGAAGGAGGGGGCGGGGGUGGCCCAGUGCAAAGUGCAUCCCGAAAGCCCCCUGUCGGGACACCCCGCUGCUGACACUUCGGACCUGGUACCAUUUGGGGUCUCCCUGUCCCCAGACCUCUUGAGUCCCUCGGUAGCUGGAAGCCUCCGGCCCGGCGCGCGGCAGACCCCUGGUCUGAGCCCCUGGACUGGGACUGCCCCCCCACCCCAACCCGAGCCGGCACUUCCUCCCUGCACCCCUUCCCGGAGGCUGCUCCUGAGGCCAAGACCGCCACCUCCUACCGGAUCGGCUAUCUGGAUGCUCUCCGGGCUGGGGCCGUGAAGCACCGAGGAGGAUCAGGAACACGGUGUCCGGCCCUGCCUGGGGUGUUUCUUCAAUGGAGAAGUUGGUGAAUGUAGAGGAGGCUGAAAGGAGAGAGAGGAGCUGCAGCUGAGGGGACAGGUUUGAGCUGGCUGUAGGACACUCGUGUGAGCAGAAGGGGUCUACCCACCCACCGGAGAAGCAGCAGCGAGACUGCUUUGGACCGGCAUCCUCUCUAAAGGUGAAGAAAACUCUUGCUCCGAGGCCUGGACAUGUUGGGAGCCCCUUCCCCAUGAUGCUGCUUGUGCACAAUGGUCAUUAGACGACCUGUCUACCAAGAGAAGAGUCAUUCUUCUGUAAGGCUGAUUCCUUUGACCUAAUGACUGGUUGGUGAAAAGUGGACUCUGCUAGGAUGUUACACCACCACUGUCGGAGGAACCCUGAGCUCCAGGAAGAAUUGCAGAUUCAGGCUGCAGUAGCUGCCGGGGAUGUUCACACAGUACGAAAGAUGCUGGAGCAAGGCUAUUCCCCAAAUGGCCGAGAUGCCAAUGGCUGGACCUUGCUCCAUUUCUCUGCAGCAAGAGGAAAGGAGAGAUGUGUUCGAGUGUUUCUAGAACAUGGAGCUGAUCCUACGGUUAAGGACUUAAUCGGAGGCUUCACCGCUCUGCAUUACGCAGCCAUGCACGGCCGGGCCCGGAUCGCACGCCUGAUGUUAGAGUCUGAAUACAGGAGUGACAUUAUUAAUGCAAAAAGCAAUGACGGCUGGACUCCUCUCCACGUGGCUGCCCACUAUGGUAGGGACUCAUUCGUCCGGCUCCUUCUGGAGUUCAAGGCUGAAGUCGACCCACUCAGUGAUAAAGGUACAACACCGCUUCAGCUCGCCAUCAUCCGGGAGAGGUCCAGCUGCGUGAAAAUCCUCCUGGACCACAAUGCCAACAUCGACAUUCAGAACGGAUUCCUGUUGCGCUAUGCUGUGAUCAAAAGCAAUCACUCUUACUGCCGCAUGUUCCUUCAGAGAGGGGCAGACACAAACUUGGGGCGCCUGGAAGACGGACAGACUCCUUUGCAUUUGUCUGCCCUUCGUGAUGACGUGCUCUGUGCACGGAUGUUGUAUAACUAUGGAGCGGACACGAACACAAGGAACUAUGAAGGUCAGACACCACUGGCCGUUUCAAUAAGUAUUUCAGGAAGUAGUCGGCCAUGUUUGGAUUUCUUACAAGAAGUCACAAGACAACCCAGAACCCUGCAGGACCUGUGCCGAAUUAAAAUUCGACAGUGUAUAGGCCUUCAAAACCUGAAGCUGCUUGAUGAACUACCAAUUGCCAAGGUCAUGAAAGACUACUUAAAACACAAAUUUGAUGAUAUCUGAUAUACCUGGACUGUGAACAAGAUUAAGAGUUAUUCCAGAUACUUAAGAGGCUUUGGGCCUUGCACAAAGUAUAUCCUAUGCAAUUUCUGAUUUGCUGUGAAGUCAGAAGGCAGGUAUACACUUUUAGGGUUUUUGUUUGGUUGGUUUUCAUUUUAGGGGAGGGAUUUUUAUAUAUAUACAUAUAUAUAUAUAAACACACACACCACACGCUUGAAGGUCUUAAUUUGGUUUUUUGGUCCAAGUCUAUGAGGUCCAAGCCUUUCUAUACAAUAAUGCAUUUAGAAAAAUUGUUUUUCCUAAAUGCACCAACACAGGCAGGUUUAAAGUGGAAGUUUUUCCCCUUUAAUGCUCCGGUUUCAUUGGUGAACAAGGUACUAAGAAACCAGUAGAACACUUGUCAAGUUUGGAGGUCUCGGGCUCACCCAGCAGAUCCUGGGUGACGCUGGAAAAUUCCCGACGAAGAAACUUACAGCGAUACUAUCACCUCAUUCAUUUUUAAUGAGUACAGAUGAGCUGUUUAAAAAUUCUUUUUUCUCUUCUAAUUAAUGUAGCUUUCCAAUGAAAAAAAAAAAAACCAGUACCUCUGCUUCCUUUUGGUGUGCGCUUAUUUUUAAAUUAUUCUUUUUAAGCAACUGUAGGACACUACUCUGAGACAUUGUGUUUCAAGUCCUCUCUCUCUUGUUGAACUGUACUUUUAAAAACGAGAUUAACGGGGAACAGAAUUAACUUUUUAAAGCCAGUGUCUUCUGUUUUUUUUUUAAAAAACAGUGCCUAUUGUGCAAAUCUCUCUGUGUAGUUUCUCGGUCUCUCACCCGUCCUGUUCCGCGCCGGCCUCCUCGCAGCCCUCCACGCAGGACUACCCCUUCCGUUCCCACCGCAGACCCACAGUGUGUCACCUCAACCUCCAUUUUAAGUUUUGGUUUUCAUUUCAUAUUAAGGAACCAAUUUCAUAUCCUGGUGAUACAGUGUUCCCUAGAAAUAGCCCACAUUCUUGCUAAACCAUUUGAUUUUAGUGAUUAAAUAAUUUGGGGUAGUUUCAUGGUGGUUUUUUGACCCCCUUCCUGGUAAUAUGUAUACAUUUAUAUUUUAAGGGUAAAAAUCUCUAAUGGGCACUCUUUUGUGAGCCUGGCAAAUUGCUGGUAUGCUAAUUAAAUAUUUCCUGUUUGGAAGGUAGGUACAGUAAAGCUAUUCAAGACAAAUGUGUUAUUUUCUGAGUUGGUUGGGCAAGAUAAACCCGGAUGUGGUGAAGUACCAGUAGCAAGGGAGAAGGUCCCGUAGGCACAAGGCAUCAGGGAUGUGCCCCCGACACGUGCUCACUGCUUCAUUUGUCAUUAUGUUAGUGUGAAGAGAUCCUUUCCAAGUGCCCCAUGUCAUUCUUAGUGCCGUGACAAAUUUUUAAAAUAUUUAUAACUGUUGAUAAAUUUGCUAUCAGAAGUUUGCAAGGUAAGGGCUUCUCCUUUCUUGUCUGCCAGUUUGGGGGCACUAAGCAUAAAACUCUUUUACCCCAAAAUGUGAAACUCAGCUUCACCGAGUUCAGGCCAACAGUACUGUUUUUUAAGCCCAGAGUUUGUCAUUUUGGCUGCAAAGUAGCUGUGCCAUCAGAACAUGGAAUCUGCGUACACCUAGAUGGUGCACAGACUCCUGAACAGGCAGCUUGGGCAAGAAAGAUGAUUCAGGGACUCGCUAGUGUGGCCCAUAGACUCAGCAAGCUAGGGAGCACACAACCAGAGUUAGAGCUGGCCCCUAAGUAGAGCUGGGAACCCAGUGGACAGGCCUGGCUGUUUGCUGUGACCUUGUCUGGAAGGUCAUCUCCAUGGAGAUCCCCCCUGCGAAGACGGCUGUGCAGCCCUGUUCUCAUUCUUUAUUCAGGACCCAGAUCAAGGCUGGAGACUCAUGAACAGCCUGAGGAACACAAAGUGACCAGUUACCUGAGUGUAACUCCUGUUAGAGCCCCGAGCCCAGCAAGGGAAGUGGAGGGAGGGAGCCUGGAGUCUGCACUCUGAGCUGCCAUGUUAGUGUCCCAGUUGCACAGGACUCAUGUGUGUGCGUGUGUGUGUGUGUGUGUGUGUGUGUGUGUGUGCGUGUGUGUGCUUCUGUGCGUGUGUGUGUAAGUGUUUGUUAAUUUAUUCAGCAAGUUAAUGACACUCAUUCCCCAGCCGUGCAGAGGGUUCUGAACCAAGCCAUGAGAUUGAGUCAGGGAAUCCCAAGUGAAAAGAUCAUAUUAAGGCGAAUUCUUUGUUCUGUGUGCUGCUGUGAUUUCAGAAAAAAAAAAAAAUUAUGAGCGCUCUUCCUGAAAUUGAAAAUUCUAUUUAAUGAAGAAGUGUAUAAUUCCAUUAUUUAUUGUUUGAGAUUUGAUUUAUCUGGACGCGUAAAAGAAUGUUCUUUGUUUAUUAACGGGCCCAAGACAUACACUGUAUCUUAUGGUGACUGGACGGCUGUAUAGUGGCCCUGAUGACAUCAGGUCUGCACUUGACUUUGAUUAUCCAAGAAACGGUCUCUGGCCACGAGGAGAGAAAAACAAGCGUUUUCAGAAGGUUGGCCUAUUGGCUAUUCCAGAAUCUUGACUCAAAAUUUGCCACUGAUUCUUUUGUGUUUCUUUUGAAAUGUGUUAUUUAAGCCUAUUCCGAAAACUUUAUAAAAUGCAUUUGGCAAAUACACCAAAGAAACCAGCUCAUAAAAGAUUAUGAUCAUUAAUGAACUGCAAACCUCAUCUUUUGCAAACAAGGGUGUUUCUUUGUAAAUAUUUGUGUUUAUAAAUGUACAGCAGAGUAAGAGUGGUUUUUUUAGAUUAUUUAAUUCCCAUAUUUCUAAACUAUUUACUACAGAAUAACCCGUGCUCAUUAGUUUGGAUGACUUGAUUGUUUGUUUUUUUUAAUUCAUUAUCAGUCAUGCUUGGAACAACGUUUCGCUGGAGAAGGCAGCAUUGUGGCAGUGGCGGGAGUCACUUUUGGAGCAUGAGGGAGUCUAGACUCACACCCUCGUAAGACACAAGAAAGUGUAGCUUAAUAACCAGAGUGGACCAUACGAAAGCACCUCUAACUUCCCUACUGAAUCACUCGUUAGCCCAGGAUGGGAUUGGGACAAGGCCGUUUGCCCACAAAUUUAGCUUUCAUGUAACUCCCAGUGUGUUGUAUCAUAAUAUAUUCUGUUCUUUCUUUGUAAUGUAAGUUUUGCUUUGGGUCAAUUUGAAUUAAAAAAAAAAUCUUAAA